AUGUAUCUGUACAAAGCAACGUGCCCGGAUAUUCCUAACCCCAAGCUGAAGGGGUCGCGGGGUCAGGUCAGCGUCCAGGCUCAGGGCCCGGGCCAGGGGAGGUUCGUCAACCACACGCCUACGGGGACGGGACCUCGACCCUACGCUCCUCUGAUGUUGUGGACCGCAAACAAACCCAACAGCAUGGCGGAACUCAAACAGCUGGAGGAGUUUCUCAACUUCCACUCCCUGUCUCUGCACGACAGUCAGUCAGGCAUGGUCUACAGGAAUCUGGGAAAGUCAGGACUCAGAGUAUCGUGCUUAGGACUGGGUACGUGGGUGACAUUCGGAGGACAGAUAACAGACGAGGUAGCAGAACAGCUGAUGACCAUUGCAUAUGAGAGCGGAGUCAACCUGUUCGACACAGCUGAGGUCUACGCAGGCGGCAGGGCUGAAGUCAUUCUAGGAAACAUUAUCAAGAAGAAGUGCUGGAGGCGAUCCAGUUUGGUCAUUACAACCAAACUCUACUGGGGAGGAAAAGCAGAAACGGAGAGAGGAUUGUCAAGGAAACACAUUAUUGAAGGGCUGAAAGGCUCCCUACAGAGGAUGCAGUUGGAGUAUGUGGAUGUAGUUUUUGCCAACCGCCCAGACAGCAACACUCCCAUGGAGGAGAUUGUUCGGGCCAUGACGUAUGUGAUCAACCAAGGCAUGGCAAUGUACUGGGGGACGUCUCGGUGGACGGCCAUGGAGAUCAUGGAGGCGUAUUCAGUAGCCAGACAGUUCAAUCUGAUCCCUCCGGUCUGCGAGCAGGCAGAGUAUCAUCUGUUCCAGAGAGAGAAAGUGGAAGUGCAACUGCCCGAACUUUACCACAAGAUAGGAGUGGGGGCGAUGACGUGGUCACCGCUGGCGUGCGGCAUCAUCAGUGGAAAAUAUGAAAAUGGCAUUCCUGAGACCUCCAGGGCCUCCAUGAAGUCGUAUCAGUGGCUAAAGGAGAAGAUAGUGAGUGAGGAUGGGAGGAAGCAGCAGGCCAAACUGAAGGAGCUGAACCACAUCGCAGAGAAGCUGGGCUGCACGCUGCCUCAGCUGGCCGUGGCGUGGUGUCUCAGAAACGAAGGAGUGAGCUCAGUCCUACUGGGAACAUCCAACCCUGAACAGCUCACAGAGAACCUCGGGGCCAUACAGGUCCUUCCUAAGAUGACCUCUCAUGUGGUGUCUGACAUCGACCACAUCCUGGGCAACCGGCCGUACAGCAAGAAGGACUACCGCUCCUAG